AUGCGCGAAAAAAACCGCACGCGCACUGUCUCUCGAGUCCUCGCACCACCACAAAGGUGUUGUGUUGGGUUGGGGUCCCCUUGGACAUUGAGACGGAUAGAUAUUGGUUUAGGAGGAGGACCGAAAGAGCAUAGAACUUGGCCCCCCACACUGGCAAAGUACAACAAGUUCGGAGUUCUCGGGGGUGGGGCGUGGCUAAGAGAACACGAUAUACCACCAAUUAAUUCUCUCAUUCUUGGACUUAUGAAUGCGGCGAGUGAAGACAGAAUGAAUAAAAAUAAGAUGAAAGUGAAGGGAAUGAGAAACAUUGAUCAGCCAAGACAAAUUCAGAACGGGGAAUGCUCACCAUCCAUUUCCUCUUGA